CUGGAGGCAGCAGAGGUUAUUGUCGUUCAUGACUCGUGGUUUGUUUGUUUCAGAUCUUUUUCAUCCUCCCAUGAUCCACCUCAACAAUGUUUUCCUGCUAAACCAAUCAGAGGCCGUUGUCACCGCCGGCUCCGCCAUCAUCCUCCGUUGCUGUGGCGACAGUGCAGUCCGUUGGUCCAGCACAGCGUUUCGCCUGCAGUACCACGACAACCUCCCUGACCUGUUAGAGGUCACGAGGUCUGUGCCGAGACACACUGGGACGUACCGAUGCGGUUACUCCGCCCACAACCUGCGGCACCUCAACACCUGGAUCCACCUGUAUGUCAAAGACCCGGUCCACACCACCAGGGUGUUUGAGACGCCUCGUGGCGUCCCACCUGUCAAAGAAGGCCAGGACUUCCUGUUCAAGUGUCAGCUGACUGACCCGUCUGUCACAAACCUCACCUUCCAAUCAGACAGCAGGGGGCGGAGUCUGCCCCAGGGCAUGAAUGUGACGUUUGACCGCCGGAGUGGCGUCCUCAUCCGAGACGUCCAGAGGACGUUUAACGGACGAUACGUCUGCUCAGGCCUGAAGGACGGAAGACCGGUCCAAUCUGCACCUGUGGAUCUGCUGGUGGUUCCGAUGACGGCUUACGGAGUUAAACGUGUCUGCAUCUACAGCGCUCAUCACCCCCUGCUGGACGCCAGCAGUCUCACUGUCUUCACCGUGGCGAUUCUGCGAGGUCACAUGGUCACAGCAGCUCCAGGGCGUGAUAAUGGGCGUGGCCACGUGGUUGUGGUUUGA